UGCAGGUGGAAUGGUGAGAUAUAUUUGAAGUUGACUUUGAGUGUUUUUCUGUUUGAACGUAGAGCCAUACCCAAAACUGUUUUACCUAUAGAUUUUAUAGAUUCCUUGUUACUGCAUCGCAGUAACUAAAAAUUUUCCUGUUCAGGGUAAUGCUGCCUGAUCCGAUUCCAGGCAGCCCUUGAACAACAAGCUUUGGGUGUUUGAUCGGAUAGAUCCGAAACUACUAAAUUAACUAGAUAUUUUGGGUAUCGACAAAAAUAGACCGCCGUGCACUAUCCGACUACCAACCGUGAUAAAUUGAUGCUGG